GAACAUGCUUGCCAAUUCAGCCAGCGUGCGGAUUCUCAUCAAGGGAGGCAAGGUGGUGAACGAUGACUGCACCCACGAGGCUGACGUCUACAUCGAGAACGGCGUCAUCCAGCAGGUGGGCCGCGAGCUCAUGAUCCCUGGAGGGGCCAAGGUGAUCGAUGCCACCGGGAAGCUGGUGAUCCCCGGAGGCAUAGACACCAGCACCCACUUCCACCAGACCUUCAUGAACGCCACGUGCGUGGACGACUUCUACCAUGGGACCAAGGCAGCGCUUGUUGGAGGCACCACCAUGAUCAUCGGCCACGUCCUACCCGACAAGGACACCUCCCUCGUGGAUGCCUAUGAGAAGUGCCGGGGCCUGGCUGACCCCAAGGUCUGCUGUGACUACGCCCUCCAUGUGGGGAUCACCUGGUGGGCACCCAAGGUGAAAGCCGAAAUGGAGACGCUGGUGAGGGAGAAGGGUGUCAACUCGUUCCAGAUGUACAUGACCUACAAGGACCUGUACAUGCUUCGAGACAGCGAGCUGUACCAAGUGUUUCACGCUUGCAAGGACAUUGGGGCGAUCGCCCGCGUCCAUGCUGAAAACGGGGAGCUGGUGGCCGAGGGUGCUAAGGAGGCACUAGAUUUGGGUAUCACAGGCCCAGAAGGAAUCGAGAUCAGCCGCCCAGAGGAGCUGGAAGCUGAAGCCACUCACCGUGUUAUCACCAUUGCAAACAGGACUCACUGUCCGAUCUACCUGGUCAACGUGUCCAGCAUCUCGGCUGGUGACGUUAUCGCAGCUGCUAAGAUGCAAGGGAAAGUUGUGCUGGCCGAGACCACCACGGCACAUGCCACGCUGACAGGCUUACACUACUACCACCAGGACUGGUCCCACGCAGCCGCCUACGUCACGGUGCCUCCCCUGAGACUGGACACCAACACCUCAACCUACCUCAUGAGCCUGCUGGCCAAUGACACUCUGAACAUUGUGGCAUCAGAUCACCGGCCUUUCACCACGAAGCAGAAGGCUAUGGGCAAGGAGGAUUUCACCAAGAUCCCACACGGAGUGAGUGGCGUGCAGGACCGCAUGAGUGUCAUCUGGGAGAGAGGAGUGGUUGGAGGAAAGAUGGAUGAGAACCGUUUUGUGGCUGUUACCAGUUCCAACGCCGCUAAGAUUCUCAACCUGUAUCCCCGCAAGGGCCGCGUCAUCCCCGGUGCCGAUGCCGAUGUGGUGGUGUGGGACCCAGAAGCCACAAAGACCAUCUCAGCCAGCACCCAGGUGCAGGGAGGAGACUUCAACCUGUACGAGAACAUGCGCUGCCAUGGCGUGCCGCUGGUCACCAUUAGCCGCGGGCGCGUUGUGUACGAAAACGGGGUCUUCAUGUGUGCUGAGGGCACCGGCAAGUUCUGUCCCCUGAGGUCCUUCCCAGACACUGUCUACAAGAAGCUGGUCCAGAGAGAGAAGACCUUAAAGGUUAGGGGAGUGGACCGCACGCCCUACCUGGGAGAUGUCGCUGUUGUCGUGCAUCCUGGGAAAAAAGAGAUGGGAACACCACUUGCAGACACUCCUACCCGGCCGGUCACCCGACACGGGGGCAUGCGGGACCUUCAUGAAUCCAGCUUCAGCCUCUCUGGUUCCCAGAUCGAUGACCAUGUUCCAAAGCGAGCUUCGGCUCGGAUCCUCGCUCCCCCCGGAGGCAGGUCAAGUGGCAUUUGGUAAAGGCACUGCCCAGCCCCCCACGUGAGGAUGCACCGCUGCCGCCAGCCCGCACACCCUCCGGCCACAGCUGCAGCGGGCAGGAGAGGCUGGGCUGGGCAGCACACCACCUGAGGGGGGCCCUAGGACCCCGGGAGCCCUCCCAUGUCUGAAACGUGAUUCACUGUGCUUCGAGCCAACCCUAACAGGCACUUUGAGAUGUGUUC